AUGUCAGAAUCAGCGAGUGGCUCGACCCUUCCAUCGCUAGAGACAUCCAACAAUGAAACCGUUUUGAUUGGGGGACCAGAUCUAAAGAGAGAAGACGGUGCACAUCAAAUAAAAGGCGAGAGAAAGAUGAUCGUGGACGAGGCAGAUUCUACCGGGUCUGGUAGUCCUUUGACAGCUGUCGAAGAAGCUGGUUUAAUUCUUGUAGCAAUGUCUAAGGGGCAGAGGCCAGAAAAUUCUCAGAAUUGGAAUGCUAUUGAUCGUUUGUUAGCAACUCCAAACGGUAAAGAAGAAUAUUACGAAACAGAUUUAGAUUCUGAUGAUGAUAAUAAAGAAGUCAAAUACAAGUCUGUUGCUGAGCUUCUCACUCAAAACGUGGAAACCCUAACAGAAGACAACGGUGAAGAUGAUGAGGAUAAUGAUGCUGACGAAACAAAUUUGGUUACGAGAGAGAAAAAGUGUAAGAAAGAAUUUAUAUGUGAUGUAUGUGGAAAAGUUUUUGGUUCGUAUCAGGCAUUAGGUGGUCAUCGAACGAGCCAUAAGUGCAAACGGUUGAAGAUUUGCGACAAGAAUGAUCAAGACCGAGAAUUAGUUCCAAACAAAAAGAAUGAUCAAGACCGACGUCACCAGUGUGGAGUUUGUGGCAGAGAAUUUGAAUCUGGUCAAGCACUUGGUGGUCACAUGAAGACUCAUUACAUAUAA